AUGACUGUUACUUGUCCUGACCUGACGGGUAGCUGUUCCGACCUGAGCUUAUGCUGCGAUCGAAAUUAUGGCAAUUUUUUGAUAGGUUCUAGAUGCGCCAAUACAUAUUCUUGUGAUUUAUAUUAUAGUGAUUAUGGCGCUUGCACUUGCGAAAAGUACGUCAAGCCAGGGAUAUUGGCAGGAAUUGUUAUUGCAUGUAUCAUAGUAUUCGUGACCUGUGUUGCCCUUUUAAUUAUUCGGAGAAACAAAAGACGUCAAGAGAUGGGACAAUCUCAACAAAUGAUGGGACAAACACCACCAAUGUAUGCGCAACAACCACAACCACAACCACCACCUCAACCACCUCAACAAAUGUACGCGCAACCACCACCUCAACAAAUGUACGCGCAACCACCACCUCAACAAAUGUACGCGCAACAACCACCUCAACAAAUACCUCAAAAUACGAUGUAUAAAUAA